AAACCCUAAAUUAACAGACGACCAUAAAACCCUUUGCUUUCUUUGUAUGUAGUCAGCCUCCCUCUAAAUCAACAAGUCAAAAGAUGACAGGCAGCCAAGAAACUAAAGAAAUUAUUAACCAAGCAAUUCUUGACUAUCUUCAUCGCAGUGGAUUCUCCAAAACCCACAAACGUUUUAUAUCCGAAGCCCAAAUUCAGAAUGAUACGUUGAAGGCUUCUUCAACCACUUUGGAGGACAUUUACUACAAAUACUUAAGUGCCUGUGGUCAAACUGAAGAUAAUGUAGUUGUUGAAUCUGAAACUCAAACAAAAAAGAAGAAAAGCAAAGAUGAAAUCGAAGAUGUAAAAUUGGAAGCACCAAAGAAGCCUAUAGAUGAGGCCGUGAAUGCCUUGGAGGUAACUGAAUCAAAGAAAAAAUCGAAAGAUAAGAAGAGAGAGAUUAACCAAGAAGAUAAACCAAAGGUAUGCCGUGGUCAAACUGAAGAUAAUGUAGUUGUUGAAGAAACUAAAACAGAAAAGAAGAAGAAAAGCAAAAAUGAAACCGAAGAAGUAAAAUUGGAAGCACCAAAGAAGCCUAUAGAUGAGGCCGUGAAUGGAUUGGAGGUAACUGAAUCAAAGAAAAAAUCAAAAGAUAAAAAGAGAAAGAGUAACCAGGAAGAUCAACAGGAGGUAUGCAACAAAGAAAAUGGAGAUGUUGAUCAAGAUGUGGAUAAGGAAGAAAAGAAGAGUUCUAAAAAAAGGAAAAGAUCAAUAUCUAAUGAUAACGAUGAUCAGUCUACGAAGAUAGAAACUAAUACUACUAUUAAAGAAGUCGAGGUUGCUGAAAUUGAUAAACUUGAAAACAAGAAAGCAGAGAUAAAUGAAGUCGAAAAAUCUGGACCUUGGAAAUCUGAGAAAAAGCAACGUGUUGGUUCAGCAGAGCCGAAGACAGUAACUGCAUUUCAAAGGGUGAAAAUCGAUGAAGUGGAAUUUGCUCAUGAGAAAUUGCAAGAUAAUUCAUACUGGGCGAAGGAUGGGGCAGAUGUUGGAUAUGGUGCUAAAGCACAAGAAGUUCUAGGUCAAGUGAGAGGGAGGGACUUUCGACAUGAAAAAACAAAAAAGAAGCGUGGAAGCUAUAGGGGAGGUCAAAUAGAUUUACAAUCACAUUCGAUAAAGUUUGAUUACUCCGAAGAAGAGUGAUUUCAAAGAGAUUGCUAAUGUCAUGAGUGUUAUUAGAAUUAUUUUGCUGAAUCAUUUGCGGCCUUGCAUUGUUGAUCAGUCUUGUGCUUUUUGUAUCAACCAUAUGAUUAAAAUCCAUGCAAGUAAGAUUACGUCUUCAUAACAAUUUUGAUUCGGAUUUGGCAUUGCUUUGCAAGGACCAUUCAAUAUAUUGUAAUCCAAUGUUACAAUUUUUUGUUUUUCCA